UUCUAUUUUGAAAAAUGUCUAAAAAUGUCCAUAAUUAAUGACAUAGAGUUAUAUAUCUUGGUUUUAUUAACAUAUUUAAAUAAUAAUCGAGACGUCGACUUAUAUACUGAUAAUUCUAUCUAUAGAAGGAUUUAAUUAAUUAUUUAAUUAAUUAAUAAUUUCAGCAUUUAAAGAAUAACGAACUUUCAACACGUUGGACAACAUACGUAUUUAUCACUAAACAUGUGAAAAAUUUGUGUAUAUUUCAAAAGUCCGCAUAGAAGUCCGCUAUAGUUGGAACAACCUUGCACGCGCACGUAAUACAUUGAAAACUAUUUAUAAAUGAAACACCACUAUCGUAUUAUUGCUCGAAAUAAAUUGCCCAACAUGCGACGUUCACGCUUCUGACCUUUACAUAUGCGGCAACCAGAAAAAACAUGUGUAGCGUUGUAUUCUCUAUAGUGGAUUUACAGUGCCGUAAAAUGUUCUUGUUCCAAAUAAUUAAUUCUUGUUUUCAAAUUAAAAAAUUUUAAAGAAUCUUGAUAAUGAUUGACGAUUUUUCUUGAUCAUCUUGAAUUUAUCUCUUAUUUUAUUUAAAAUUUUUCAAAAAAUUGAAAAUAUAUUAGCUACCCCCCUAUUUAGACAUAUCUCUUAAUAAUGACUAACAAUUUGAUAAAUGUUUUUUCAAAGCAACAAAAGUCCAAAACAUACUUAAAUCAGAGAAUACAUUCUGGCAGUUACAUUGUUUAUACGUUUUUUUCUUCUUCUUCUCGCUUCUCUAUUUUCUUUCACGCGAAGAAGUGGCGACAAAAGCAGCGCGCGCGCUCUCCACGAGAGUAAAAUAAACGAGACGUCGAAGAGGCGUACUGUAAAAUAUAUCUCCGGGAUCCUACGCAAUUUGGCGACGAUAGAGACAGCGGAAAACGGUCAGCUCUAUAGUCUUCACGAUCAAAACCCGACGUGCGAUUUUCCUGUAACAAGAGAGAAGUGUGAUCCAAAUGGACGUGUCGCGCUCUCGUAUAAAACGGUUUAAGAUUUAUCGAUAGUUUAACAUUUGUAACUUUAUCAAAACGACAUAAACACCGCGUUGGUGAUUGAUUCAAUUGAAAGUGGACCAUUUUUGUGAUUUAUCGGAAAGUUCGAAAGUUGGAAUCUUUUUGCGAAUAAUUCGCGGCGCCAUAUUAUGAGAUUUCGUUGCCUUAAGAUUUAUAAUAAUGUUCGUGCAAUCAAUAAUUUAAGUUUUGUGCUUUUUUUGUGGAUAUAAAAGACCUAGAAAUUGUGUGAAUUAUAAAAAUUUAGAUCGUGUUUCUAAUAAAUUCUAUAUAUUAUAUAUUUAAUAUAUUUUUUCGUUUCAAAAUGCGAUUGUACAAGAAGCAAAAUUUUCGAUAAAGUUUAUAUACUUAUAUAAAAAAAGGACGCUGGGAAAAAGUUAUCAAUAAUACGUUCGAAGGAGUUUAUACGAAUAUUCUACGAGAAUGCAGCGAAUCCUCAGCUUCCCGCAAAUGUCCCGCAAUAUCGGCGAGUCCAGCGAAUAUGUGACAAAGCGAUUGUGUUUCUCAUUUCUCUUCUCGGUCGGCUUCCUGUGUCUCCUCUGCGGCUUCCUGUUGGGUCGCUUCACCGUCGAAAGACUGCUGGAAGCUCAAGUGCAGAAGAUACGCGGCGAAUUGGCCGGAAAUGGCCUUUGGAACACGGAGCAUCUUCAACAACUGGUGCUCCUGGAAUUGGAAAGUGCGCCAUUCAACUACGAUCGUAUGGCAGACCGGCAGACGCCGGAUGACGUGCAGCGCAUCAGUGGGCUCUUUUCCAACUUGUCAUUUGUUGACAUAGCGUCUAAUCAUGCGUCAUACGUUCGCGGGACCAUCCGCGGUUCACAGGAACCAGACAGAUAUAUUAUCCUAUCCGCUAAGGAAGACGGUAUUACUGUGGCUCUGGAACUGGCACAGAUUCUGAACGCUUGGCAACCACGACGGAGCCUGAUCUUUUGCGUGUCCCUUACGUCCUCGGACGUUUGCCCGCAGGCUCUGCCUAAGUUCAUGCGGCAAAAGAUCGUGGCUUACUUGGCGGUGCAUGGUCGUUUCGCGCGAGCUAACGGUCGUGUGGCUUUAUCCGGAUCGGACAUCAUGCGGUUCGUAGCCGUCGAAGGCAUCAAGACAAUUCCCGGCAAUACUAACUGGGAAUAUCUCGAGCAGGAAGUAUUCGGUCCCCGUCUUCCUGUAGAUGUUCCGCAAGUGAUAUUUUCAUUUAAUGAUGAUGGUCCUGCACACAGUCAAAUGCAACACAAUCAAAAUUCACGUGUGCAUAACGUAAUUUUGGCACAAGUCGUUAGCCAAACUAUAUGGCGACUAUCCGAAAGUAUAAUUAUUCAAUGGGAGCCAAGAUAUUUUAAUAAAACUGUUAACGAGAUGUUAAAGUCGAUCGACACUAGCAGAUUUCAGGACGCAAAAGAGAAGCUAAAGAAAACGUUAAAAAUCUUACUCGAAACCGUGAAGGAUUCCAAUAUAAAAAUCGACGUGGCAGAUAAUACCCAGAUAUUGUCUAUAAGGAUAUGGAACGAUCUACUUCUGGAUCUGGAUAAAGCUCUUUUGUGCCCCGAUGAAAUCGAUUUGCAUUCCAAAACUGACCUAGCGAUAUUACACAAACUAUUACAUGAAUCUAUUAGCGAGUCUAUCAUAUUAACUUAUCUCGAUCAGAUGACGAAAUGUUAUGAGGAUGCUAUACAAGUUUUGAAAGAAAGAUAAUAUGUUUUAUGUAUAGCAAUAUAUAUUGUUUAAAGAAUCAAGAAUAUAGAU